AUGGUGGCUGCUGCUGCCGAUGAGCCUCCGGAGCCCCCCCUGCAGGAUCAGAUGGCUGACCUGGAUAACCCCGAUGAGCAGGCGGCCCAGAUCAGAAGAGAGCUGGACGGACGUUUGCAAAUGGCCGACCAGAUUGCACGGUAUGGCGGGAGGUUUCCGCGGUUCUCAUCCAGAGAGAUGGAGGCCAUGUUCAUCGAGGAGCUGCGGUCCUCCGUCAACCUGCUGAUGGCCAACCUGGAGAGCAUGCCGGUGUCCAAAGGAGGAGAGUUCAAGCUGCAGAAGCUGAAACGAGGCCACAACGCCUCCAUCAUGGACAUGGGGCAGGAGGACGAGAACACGCUGUCCAAGUCUGACGUGGUGCUGUCCUUCACUCUGGAG